GUCAGUUUGACCGACGCACUUGAGCCCCAUUCUCCCUCCACAGCCCGGCAAAACUCACAUGGCCAUGUUGCAGCAGAGAUCUUCGAGGCUGCUUUCCUCGCUCUCCAAUUGCGCCUUCCGCUCGAAAGCUGCACCGCUCAGCGCAUCGCUGCGAUGUCGGACACAGCGCCCGUACAGCAUCCACGCUGAUGCCUCUGUUGGCAACAAGAUUCAGGACAUUGAUCCGACAAAGCUCAGCAUCACAAGGACAACCUCGCCGAAGGACCUCUUGGCGCCGAAGGACCUUCUCUUCGGUCGCAACUUCACGGAUCACAUGCUCUCGAUCGAAUGGACAGCAGCGGAAGGAUGGCUCCCCGCGCGCAUCACACCGUACCAGAACCUGAGCCUCGAUCCGGCAACGUGCGUGUUCCACUAUGCGUUCGGGUGCUUCGAGGGCAUGAAGGCCUACAAGGACAAGAAGGGCGCCAUCAGACUGUUCAGGCCGGACAGGAACAUGGUCCGUUUCAACACGUCAUCGGCACGCAUUGCGCUGCCCAACUUCGACCCUGAUGCGCUGAUCGACCUCAUCGGCAAAUUCGUAAAGGAGGAUGCGCGCUUCAUCCCCGACGAACGCGGAUACUCGCUCUACCUGCGUCCGACCAUGAUCGGUACCCAGCGCACCCUCGGCGUCGGUCCCCCCGCUUCCGCGCUUCUCUACGUUAUCGCCUCACCUGUCGGUCCCUACUACCCUACAGGCUUCACGGCCAUAUCGCUUGAGGCCACCGACUACGCUGUGCGCGCGUGGCCCGGAGGUGUCGGUGACAAGAAGCUGGGUGCCAACUACGCGCCCUGCAUUGUCCCCCAGAAGCAGGCUGCUAGCCGCGGCUUCCACCAGAACCUCUGGCUGUUCGGCGAGGAGGAGUACGUCACCGAGGUCGGCACCAUGAACCUGUUCGCUGCGAUCAAGAACAAGGAAACCGGACAGCCCGAGCUGCUCACUGCGCCGCUCGACGGAACCAUCCUCCCCGGUGUCACACGAGACUCGAUCCUGGGUCUUGCGAGGGAGCGCCUGGAGCCCAAGGGCUGGAAGGUUCUCGAGCAGAAGUUCACGAUGAAGGACAUGGCUGCUGCCGCCGACGAGGGCCGCAUGAUGGAGGUCUUCGGUGCGGGAACUGCCGCCAUUGUCAGCCCCGUGCGCAAGAUCAGCUGGAAGAACCGCCUCGUCAACUGCGGUCUUGAAGACCAUGUCGAGGCGGGACCAAUUGCUCAGCAGAUGAAGGAGUGGAUGGAGGCCAUCCAGUACGGCGACGAGGAGCACCCCUGGAGCUACGAGAUCAAAUAGACGAUACAGCGACCACUAUCCGAACUGCUGUCUGGCGCCCUGUGCAAAAGUUGCUCUGGUCUAGACUACCCGGCAAAAGAUGGACGCGUCUGUUUUGUGUAUACAGCAUGUAGAGCUGCGGACGGGCGGCGGUAUUUUGCAGCCUGGCGACUGUUUUGAUUACAUUUAUUCCAUUUGCAUGCAAUCGAGAAGGAUUAUUCAUCUCAAGCUCAAGGCCAAUCUCAAGGCCAAGCUCCAGCUCAAGCUCAAGCCCAAACUCAGGCGAUGGC